AUGGCUGAUUUACCCCCAGACUUCCGGUGGCUUCCAGAGUACGAUGAUAUCCUACAAGCAAUUGCCUCCACUGAUGUUGUACAGACUGAGUGGCCGAAGCUGCGAGAUAUCAUCAAGUUUCAAAAUCAAAGAGCAAAACCACCACCUCCUCCAGCGGCAUCUCCACCUUUGACCUUGUCGAAUGGUGGCCUGAAGCUGCCACCAUUUCCAGUGCGCCAAGUGAACACUCUCAAUCCUGUACAAGCACCUGUCAGCUACAUGAACAAGGAGCAGGCCGAGCAGAUGAGGCAGUACAUCUACGCUGAAUUAGACGAGAUAGACGAAAAUUCGCCAUUCACUAUACAACGGGUCUGCGAACUAUGUGUUAAUCCAAUGCGGCAUUACAAGUCAGUUGGCAAGUAUCUACGCGCCGUGGAAAAAUCACUUCUCGUUACCUCGACAUGGGACAGCUUCCCUAAAUCUUCGGGCGAUGAUAUUGACACCAAGGUGCCGCUCAACGUCGUCGGAGUACCAUCAGGGUCAUCCUCGGUUCCAGCGACGCCGCUGUUCUCGCCCAUCCCAUUCUUGCAUAGUGAUGCUCGACGAUCAAAAUCACGCAGCCCGCCUCCUUCACCGCUGGUGCUCGGUGCAGCCGCUUCUAUCAGCGCUGGACAGUCAGAAGCGCUGGCUCCCAAGGCCCUCGGACUAGUUGAUGAAUUGGAUGAUCCAAGUCCCGGACAUAUGAGCGACCACCCUACCGCCAUAUCGUCAGUGACCUCUGUCACAGAGAACGACAGUCGGCCAUUCAUUCAGAGUCUGGACAGUAGAUUUGUUAAAGCGGAAGCCACGCCAGACGCACAGUCAGAGGAACAUGCGAUGGCUGUAGACAAAGAACCAGAGGGUAAAGAGAAUGUUGGAUAA